AUUGGCGUCCAUAUCUCUCGCCUUCUGUCGACAAAUCACAAGAUUCAUCAAUGGAGGAAGAGCAAGAGACGCUAGUGACGAUCAGCAGUCACAAGCCAAAGUCAAAGUCAAACUACCGGAUCAUUGAUGCUCUUGAAUCUAAAAGUUUUUCAUGGAUUUUCAUCGAUCAAUCUAACCCUUGGAAAGCUGCUCUUUCAUGGUUGAUCUUCUUCAUCUUCACCGUGGGUCUUCCGAUGCUCUCACAUAUCGUGUAUCAAUGCUCCACAUGUGACGACAGCCACCAAAGACCGUUCGAUAUGAUCGUCCAGCUGUCGCUAUCCAUCUGCUCCACUCUUUCGUUCAUUAACUUGUCGUCGUUUGCUCGGAAAUACGGUCUCCGGCGAUUCCUGUUCCUUGAUAAGUUGUCUGAUGUUAGUGCUAAAGUCCGUGAUGGAUACUCCGAGCAACUUCAUAGAUCAAUAAAGCUCCUAUGUUCAUUCAUCAUCCCAUGUUUCCUGGCAGAUAGUGCAUACAAAAUCUGGUGGUUUAUUUCGGGUAGAAACCAAAUCCCCUACAUUUACAACAUCUACUUAAGCCACACAAUCGCUUGCAUUCUUCUUUUAUGUUCUUGGUUAUACCGGACAUCCCUUUUCUUUCUUGUAUGCGUUCUUUUCAAACUCACAUGCUCUUUACAAAUCCUUCGGUUGGAGGAUUUUGCAAAAGUGUUUGAGAAACAAGCGGAUGUGGGAUCGAUUUUGUUGGAGCAUCUUGCUAUUAGAAGAACUCUUAAAAUCAUAAGUCAUAGAUUUCGCGCUUUCAUUUUGUCAACUUUGAUUUUGGUGACUGUCAGUCAAUUUGCUUCGUUGCUUGUUACUCUCGAGACCGGGUCACUUGUCAAUCUUUCUACUGCUGGUGAACUUGCGCUGUGUUCUGUGACACUUGUGAGUGGUUUAUUCAUAUGCCUACGCAGUGCUGCAAAGAUCACACAUAAAGCUCAAUCUGUGACAAGUUUAGCAGCCAAAUGGCACACGUGUGCCACCAUUGACUCGUUUGAUGAUGUGGGUCUCACCGAAGAGACUCCCAUGGCUAACAGUUCCGAUAGGGCGAAUUACCAUUUUGCCCCUGAAGAUUCAGACUUGGAUGAAGGAGAUGAAGAUGAAUUGGACAAUACAAAAUUGGUUCCGGUUUAUAGGGACACAAUCACAUACCAAAAGAGACAGGCCUUAGUAACGUAUUUUGAGAACAACAGAGCUGGGAUCACAGUGUUUGGAUUCAUGCUGGACAGAUCAUCACUACACACAAUCUUUGCUAUCGAAAUGUCACUAACACUUUGGUUGGUCAACAAAACAAUCAGUUUCUCAUGAAUGUCUAUGCUCUUUUCUACACAUCAUACAUCAUACAUCAUACAUCAUACAUAUUGGCAAAGGGGGUUUCGUAUCGAUAUCAUGUGUGUUUGAUAGAGAUUGAUGUGCUGGCAUCCUAUCAUUGGUUAUCAAGAUCCCAUCCCAUGAAAUAAUGUCAUUUGGCAGGCUAUGUGGCGUUAUUGCCAAUUGCCCUAUCUGGGGAUUUGAUUCUGCAUUGUUUGAUCGAGAUUUCUUUGUUUGUUUGUGAGGCUUUUUUGUAUACUUCUUGUAUUUGCUUAUAUACUUGCUUUUGUCAAUGUAAAUUUCAUUUCAUAUACCG